AUGAUUGAACAUCAAAGUACGAACGAUGAUCAAAAUCUAUACGAGGCUCUCUCCAGGCUUGGAAAACCAUUUUUCAUUAAUAAUAUUCAAUAUAUUCCUAUUCAAAUAUUUAAGAAGGGAAACAAUGUUGUAGUUUGCAAAUGUCUAUCCAUUGACAAUCAGGAAUAUGUUGUAAAAAUUGUUAAACGAGGAGAAGAUGAUGAUUUUGAUGAUUGUCCGGUUGGUGAUUGGAAAUUUGCUAAAAUUUCAGAAGAAUUACAUGAUGCCAGUUUAUUGACAUUUGAUUUUGUGGAUAAUUUUAAUGACAUGGUUGUGACAGUAUCAAAAUAUAGAGGAAUUGAUUUGAAAAAUUAUACAGAUAUGCAAAUUAACAAGAAUGGAAGGAUUUUAUUAUGUCAAAUUUUACAAAUUUUCAUUAGAAUUGUGAAUGCUCUUUGUAAACUUGAGGAGGCAAACAUAAUUCACAGAGAUAUCAAACCAGAGAAUAUUAUUAUUUCACUUCAUGAUACUGAUUGUAAAAUAUGUGCUAUUGAUGUUGUUUUGGCAGAUUUUGGGAUUGCCAUUUCUAAUGAUGAUCGGUUUUCUAACCAAGGAAUGGACCACAUUGAUUAUUCGAAUGAUCUCAACAUGCAUGAGAGUUAUACUCUUAAUGGUAGUCCAGGUUUUGUUGCACCUGAAUGUGCAAAAUUGGGAGAAUCGUUCAAGAGUGAUAUUUGGAGUUUGGCUAGAUUAAUUCUGUUUAUUCUUUUUCCAACAAAUGAAAACAGAAUAACACAUCUAGAUCAAUACUCUUCUAUGGUAAGAGAAAUAAUAUCUAAUGAAGUGGAAACUGUACGAAAAUUAAUAGAGUUAGGUAAUUUAGAGGAAGAUGAAGAUGGAUGGAUUUUUAUAUUUAAAUUGCUUGUGGAAAUGUUGAGUGAGAAUCCAGAGAAUAGACCUUCUUGUCAACAAAUUUUGAAAAGAAUAUUCUCUGAAAAUGGACAGAUUGAAGGACCAAUCAUGUUAUCUCAUCAAUUUCAUCACCUCAAUCAAGCUCUUGCAGAGAAUAGGAAUGUUCAAUUAAUCUGUGCUUCUCUUGGUGUCUCUCUUGAACUACUUGAUAAAGAUGAUAGGGAGAUAACCUUACAAUCUGUUAAACAAUUUGGAUAUUAUCUCAAAUAUGCGAAAGAAGAUUUCAAGAACGAAAAAGAAAUUGUAUUGCAAGCAGUUAAAUAG